AUGUUUCAUAAAGUUGUACAACUAUCAUUCAAUUCAAGAACUAGCUUAUUUCUAUUCAACCAAAAAAAGGUUAAUUACAUUGCUUCACUAAAUAAAUCGAGCAUUGCUACCUUUUCUACUUUUAGAAAUUCGUUAGAUAAUAAUAAUAGCAUUAAUAAGAACAUUAAUAAUAGUAGUAAUAUUGUUGAUCAACAUCAUUAUAAAAGUAAUAAUUUAAGUUUUAAUAUUAAAAGAACAAUGUCUACCGCUUCUAAUAGUACAGCUGGUGUUGUUGCCGAAGGAACAACUAUUUUCAAGGGACACGAUCAAAUUCAAAUCGAUUUGAUGAAGGAGGAAUGUAUUGUUGUCGAUAGAGACGAUAAACCAUUGCGUCCCGGCAGCAAGAAGGAGUGUCACUUGAUGGAGAACAUCAGCAAGGGAUUGUUGCAUCGUGCAUUCUCAAUCUUUUUGUUCAACGAAGAGGGCAAGUUGCUCUUGCAACGUCGUGCACUCGAGAAGAUUACAUUCCCAGGUUACUGGACCAACACUGUCUGCUCACAUCCGCUGUGGCUCGAGAACGAGUUGAUCGAAGAGGAUGCCAAAGGUGUUCGUAUCGCUGCACAACGUAAACUCAAACACGAACUCGGUGUUCCAUUCGAACAAGCACCAAUCGACGCAUUCACCUUUAUGACCAAGAUCAUCUACGUCUCACCAUCAGUUGAAGACGCACAAUGGGGAGAACAUGAAAUUGAUCAUAUUGUUGUUAUAAAGAGAAAGAUUGAUGUUACACCGGAACCAAAUGAAGUUAUGGAUUAUAAAUAUGUUUCAUGGGAGGAGUUGCAGGAGAUGUUUGCUGCAGCCGAUAGAAAAGAGAUUAAACUUACACCAUGGUUUAGAUUGAUCGCUGAAAAUCAUCUCGAGAAAUGGUGGAAAGAUUUGGACAACGUAAAACAACAUGUUGAACCAUCUGAUAAGAUUCAUAGAUACUGUGAAUGUUAA